AAUCCCGAGUAAUUUGGCGCAAGCUUAGUUCCCGCUAUUUUGAUUUUAAGAAAGAUGUGUGGUGGAUUAAUGAUAAAUUAAUGGUUAUAAUAAAUAUCAGAAAGAGACAAAACCGAGUGUGUGAAUGAGUUGUCGAAAUGUGAAGCAGCAACAGCCUGCCCUCCUUCGGAUUUCCGACAUUCAUCAAAAGUCAGCUGAAGAACGGGUCAACAUGAAGGAGAUGGUUGGGGGUUGUUGUGUUUGUUCUGAUGAACGCGGUUGGGCGGAGAAUCCGCUAGUAUAUUGCGAUGGGCAGGGCUGCAAUGUGGCCGUUCACCAAGCCUGUUAUGGCAUUGUACAGGUACCAACAGGUCCGUGGUUUUGCAGGAAAUGUGAAUCUCAAGAACGUGCUGCAAGAGUGCGGUGUGAACUCUGUCCUUCUAAAGAUGGUGCACUAAAGAGAACAGAUAAUGGAGGCUGGGCCCACGUUGUCUGUGCUCUAUACAUCCCUGAAGUUAGAUUUGGUAAUGUAACAACUAUGGAACCGAUCAUCUUGGAGCUGGUACCCCAAGAACGAUACAACAAAAGUUGCUACAUCUGUGCAAGCCAAGGAAAGGAAAGUAAAGCCACCAUUGGUGCUUGUAUGCAGUGUAACAAGUCAGGAUGUAAAAAUUUUUUUCACGUCACAUGUGCUCAAGCUGCAGGGUUAUUGUGUGAAGAAGCAGGAAACUACUUUGAUAAUGUAAAGUAUUGUGGAUACUGUCACUACCAUUACCAGAAACUGAAAAAAGACAGCCAUAUAAAAACAAUACCAGCUUUCAAGCCAAUCCCUGCAGGAAAUGCAACACCCGAGCCCAGUCCAGAGAAACUGGCACAACCACGUGGGGAAAACCGGGAAAGAGUUCGUGGUAGAGCUGAGAAAAAAUCUAAGAUACAUGGAAUAUCAUCAGUAUCUCUUCCAACAGUUGUUCUCAAUGGCAGCAACAAUGCUUUAAAUGGCCUUGAUGUUUUGUGUCUUACUUCCAAUGAUAACAGCAGCAGUAGUCACAACAGUCUUGCUGAAGUGAAUGGGCUUUGUUCCGGGAAGUCGGACCCUGCUGUCAGUGGAGCAGGCAACAGUACGGCCAUCACAAGUAAGUUUACAACAGCCAAUUUUACAGAAACAGUCAUCACUGAAAGCAGUAGUCCCGUGUUUGGAUCUGAAAAACAUAAAAAAAAGAAAUCUCCACAACAAUCUGGACAAUCAGCUGGAGAGGACAAAUCUCCCUCACCCACACAUCUUGUUUCUUCCUCUGGCUCUCCUCCCAGUAAUUCACCUUCUUCUUCAAAUCAGUCAGCAGCUAAUCAGAUGGCAACCUCUACAUCCAGCUCAGCUCUCACCUUUAGCAGCAUGUAUGAAAGUUUCAUUAGUGGUACUUUGAAUCCUGAAAAAGAAGAGCCCAGUGAAAACCAUGGAUCGACAGCUUUACCAACUAAAAGGCCACGAUCUCAUUCGGCAGACAAAACUGAAAAGAAAAAACACAAGAAAAACUGUAGUAAUUUAAGGUCCAAAAUUAAAGCUAAUAAAGAGUCUUCAGGAUCAGGUGAUAUGUCUCCAAGCAGUCCACAGUCAUCAAAUGCAAACUCAGGAACUAGCAAAAAUAAGAAGAAAAGACAUGAAAAGACAUCGUCUGUCAUUUCUACCGGUCUUUUAUCAUCCUUGGUUAAACAGACUAACAUGACAAAUUUUCAGAGAAGUUCAAGUCCCUCAAGAUCUAGCCCACAACUCGCAUCAUCUAAUCUAAAUGAUUUAAAUCCAAUGAAUUCCAUAGAGCCUGUCACCACUAUUGUGGAAACAAAAACUGAAGAUUCCCAACAGUCUAGUGAAAAUAUUUCUUCCAACACAAAUAGUUUUGUGAUGAGUAGCUGUGCGAUGGUGUUACCACCUAAACCCACUUUCAGUGCCUCCAUCAGGAACUCUCUUGGUAUCUCUGGAGAUAACAGUGCACCUCCUCCAUUUCCUCAAACUCUGGAACAGCUGCUAGAGAGACAGUGGGACCAGGGAUCACAGUUUCUGAUGGAACAAGCCCAGCAUUUUGACAUUGCUUCUUUGUUAUCUUGUCUCAGUCAACUUCAAGCAGAAAACCGCCAGCUUGAGGAACACGUCAGUAAUCUGAUUGCUCGACGAGAUCACCUUCUGGCAGUUAAUGCACGGUUGGCUCUACCAUUAAACAGUUCAGCUUCAUACCUGAAUGGGACUAAUGCAGUAAAUGGAGGAAGUAUUUCUCCUGAUGCUUUGCAAGCUCCUCGUCUAAACAGUUUUCUACCUGUAGAAAAUGGAAUACUGUUCAACCAGCAGGAAACUCCAUAUACAGGUAGCAAAAGUGUAGGAACAAUUCACAGCCCAGAAGUUAGUAUAAAUGGCACAAACUUGCCAGUAAGCCCAGCACCUAUUCAGUCAUCUCUCCAGAAUACAGGCACAAGUCCUGGUCAUCAGGGGCCAACACUGGGAGCUAGGCAGAGUCACCAUUCACAGUCUUCUGCUUUCAUCACAAGCCCCAGUCCAAUUGGUCAAAGUGUCAUUACGUCAGUGGGAUCCCAAACUUCAUUGCUUGAUCUGCCACGUAUUCCAGUUACAUCCUCUCUGCUUACCAGUGUUGGACACUCAGUAACGUUGUCAAAUUUGGCUGGUCAAGAUAUAAUUGGAAACUCUUCUAGAGUACAGGGACAUCCAUCUGCAGCCAUUGUCUAUCAGACAAUUUCUCCACCAUACAGUAAUAUAAACACUGCAAGCUCAAGUGUAGGAAACGUCACAAUUUCAUCCUCAGCCAGUCCCUUACACUCUUUAUGUACCGGUGUAAUGCUACCUGUCACCAUGGUAACAUCUCAACCAUCUUUUCAGCGCCCAUCUGGAGGCCCUAAUUCAGUCUGUCCAUCAGAUGAUAAGAGGUGACAUACUUUUGUCAUGCUGGAUUAAACUGAAGUUGAUAAAAAAAAAAAAACUCUGUACAUCACAUCCAAGAUUUGGCCUGAAAUGUGUUAACCCUUUGCUUACCAAAACUUGCAACCACAAUCAGUCAGGACUGUAACGAGUUUUCUGACUGACACACACAAACAAAACGAACUUGUACUUUAAUAAGUCAGUACAGUCAUGGUAUGAUCUAGAGUAUAUUCCAAGUAUUUUAGUUGAUAUAGGACAGGUAGUAUAUAAUCCUGAAAUUAGUAUGAAGAACUGUAUUUUCAACAUUUCCAUUAUUUAUAGGACUGUUUUUAAAAACUAUUGUUUGUUUGACAUGUUCUUCUGUUCAGAACCACCAUACUUGUGGGCCUUUUUUACCAGUCUCAAUUUAUACAGCAGAUAACUAAAGCAGUGGAUUAUCACGCAUCAAGAUCAUACACAAAAGAGAAUCAUGUUAAUAAAUGCAUGUAUGUAUAUAUAGUUUACACAUGGAAGGAUAGAAAUAGAACUUAUGUUUCUUGGUUGUAGGAAAUAAUCACUGAUUGAGUGACCUUACAAUUUUGUUUUUCCUUUUAAUUUGUCAUGCAGAUGUACUUGCAAUCUGUGCAAAAGCAGACAUAACUUAUUUUAACAAAAUAACUCAAAAAACUUUGAUCAAUAAUAACAACUGCAAUUCAGUCAUUUGUAAUAGACACAUAUUUAGUGGUGUGACAAGAAAGCUGGUACUGUAAAGUAGGAUAAAAAUUCUCCAGGAUUGAUAAGCAAAGGGUUAAGUACUGUUUCUGAAAUAAUGUGAUUCUAUACAUUUUUCUGUUCCUUUUAUUUUGUUUUGUUUUCAAUUUAGAAUUGGACAAAUUUAGAAGCUCGUACAGUUUUUAUAACUUUCAUAAUAUAAAUUUAUCAGUGUUAAAAAAAAAUAUUUUUUAAAGUGUUGUAAGGAAUUACCAUUUGUGUUCUUAGGUUGAGUUUUUGUUUUUGAAUCGGCAGCAUAUUAUGUUUUUAGAAAACAUAGCUUAGAAGUGAUAGUUAUAACCUUCCAAUAAGUAACUUCUAAAAUAAAAGUAUUAUGGUGAUGUUCUGGUGGAAAACGAUAUGGUAACAUACUACUUCUCAGUAAUCUUUUAAGUGCCAAUGUUCUUGUGCAUGUGACUGCCUUAUAGAAGUUUUUCUUUUUUUUUUUUUUUACAUAUGCAAAGUUUAAAAAGUUUUUUUUUUAUCUUUCUUCGUUAUGCAAAAACAGACUUAUGUAUUUCGAGCAUUUUAUUGUGGGUUUAAGCUUUUCAAAAUGUUUUUAAGAACGUAUUUGUUUAGAAGUUAUAAAAAACUGUGCUUGAAACGAAACAAUAAUAACUUCAUAACUGAAGUAUCAUAAUUGUUGUAUAAAGUAGUUAACUGUAGAAAAUAUGCAGUAUAAUAUUGUUCCUCGAGCUGUUGCCACAAAUAUUGUUAUUUUGAAUAUCAAUUUUAGCAUAAAACUGUCUUCAUGAAAUUGAAAAAAUUUGAUUUUCCCUUUUUUGUUGGAAAUAUCAAUUAAGAAACUAUUUUGUAUAGACGAAGGGAUUACCUGUUAUAUUUUAUGCAAACUUUGAUUCUAUAUAUAUCAAAGAAACCAAAAGAAAAUAUUUUCUUUUUAUUAAAUUUGAACAGUUCUGACUGACAUAUCUUGAAAACUGAUUGUGUUACACAUUAAUUUUUCUUACUUUCAAGUCAUCUUUUUACUAAAUCUAUUACCUAAACAGCUCAACAUUGUUUUCCCAGAGCCUGUAUUGUUAAUUGAUCAUGUCUCAGAUGUGAUCAAGCUAAAGUCUUGAAACGUGCUUUUUCUGGACACUAAAAUAAUUUAUAUUUGCAUAUACGGUUAUAAUAAUGACUGCUUUAGUGUUGUAAAAGGAAUGAGGUUCUUAUGACCAGCGUUUUAUCACUAACAUAACUACAAAUAAAGUCAUGUAUAUGUAUAGUUUUAAUAUUUGUAGUUUAGCAGUAAUUGAUUUUCUUUUAAUUUUGUUUUUCCUGCUGUUAUUGGUAAGUGUACAAGAUUCUUAUCCUGCAGUAACAUGAGCAUCAUGCACACUUUUCAAGGCUACAGCAAAAGAGUGGAAUGUUUUAUAACUUUUCUUAAAUCACGUGAUGUUUAGCAUGUAGUUCUUAACUGUGAAAAUACAUGCAACAUUGUUACAUAAACUUGAAGAAAAUGAAAGCUACAUUGAGUGGACAUGGAUGCCAAUUUUAUAGCUGAAGCAUUUCGAUUUACUUUUCCACUGCCACAUCUAUUAAAAAAAAUCUCACAUUGUUGGGUUUAUUUUUAGAUAUACAGUAUAAAAACAAAACUAAAAGGAUGCUCAUUUUAAUAUUUUGUAACUUCUCUAAAAUGUAGAACUGGUUAACUUUGGGAAAUUUAAAGGGCAAAUACCCUUUUUUUAUGGUGGUACAAAAUUUCAAACUCCCCACAGUGUUUACAGGGGGGGACAUAUGCCCAUGGCAGUAAAGAAGUUAAGCAAUUUGGAUGUAUUCAGUUAAUGUACAGUGUGCUGUGUGUGACUUUACUGUUGGUUACUUAAACUUGGUUAAAGUACUAUGCACAUUCUGGUCUAAGUAAGCUUUGAGUCAUAUAAAAGGGUUUGAAUAAUACUAAAGGUUAUGUAUGAAUCAUGUAGAGGACUUACAGCACUGUUAAGAAAACUGAAGAUAAGACAAAAUAUCUGAAAGUAGGGCUGAGUUGAUGUGAAAAUGGAUUGUACUUUAUUUAAGUUAUUGACACUCAAUCUUAAGCAGGGAUUAUUUAUUUUACUCUGAAAACAAAAUAGAGUUUAUCUGCACAAAACCGUCAGAGUAAACUGUUGUUUAUGUUAUCAUAGAAACACUCAGGUUCAAAUAGGGUUUAUCUAUGUUACCAUAGAAACACUCAGGUUAAAGCAGGGUUAAUCUGUGUUAGCAUGAAAACAGAGUAAAACAAGAUUUAUUUAUAUUAGCAUCAAAACAUUGUAUAUCAGGAGUGUCUAUAUUAGCAUGACGAUAAUUCCUUUUCUUUUUCCUUCUAUUAACAUGAAAAUGAGAGCAAGGGUUAUCUAAGUAUGAGAACAGAUUAAAACAGAAUUUACCUAUGCUUUCUUAAAAACACACUCAAAUCAAAGGUUGUCAUAAAAACAUUGGAUUAAAACAGGGUUUGUGUUGUAUUAAACAAAUUGUAUUUAUCAAUGCUUAAAAGGGAUUGGAUUUAUUAGCAAUAAAACACUUAAAACAGCUUAUCAAUUUUAAUAUAGAAAAAGUCAUGUUACAAGUGAAAUAAUGAAUAUAUUCCUGAAUGAAUUAGUGUGUUUUCAUAAAUGAAGUUACAUUUGUAAUUUUGAUGAAAUUAGUAGCUGCAAAGAAAGAUGCUAUUGAAACGUGUAAUUGAAAUUUCACUCAUUUAUAACACAAGGUUUUAGCAUCCUCCUUAUAAAUUCUUAAUUGUGCUCCGAAAUCUGUUACUGACAGUUGUGACGAGUAUUAAAGUACUGACAGUUGUAGGUGUAGCUAGGCACUGGCACACGGGACCCAUGCUCCGAUAAUAUUUGACAGUGCCUCUAAUCACCAGUUGGUGUCUUGAAAAAUUAGAAUAGAAAGUUAUGAAUGACAUCAUGCUGAAACGCUGAAAAUUUGUGCGCCUAUGGGCCCGAGACCCGAGUCACUUCUGCUGACAGUCAUGUUUUUUGCAAUUGAGCUACUUUAGUCUCAUAACCCAGUUUCGUAUGAAGUCACAAUAAUGAUAGCUAAGCUGUAGACACUUGAAUUUGAACUUAAUGAUUUUACCGGAAAAUACUUUUUCAAAAUUAAUGGCUAAUUUUCUUGUAAUGUAUGAAGUUGAUUUCUUGUUUUCAGUUUUAUUCUUGUGCUAACUAAUAAUGUUUCUUGUUUCAUGAAGAUUGUUUCACCUAAUUUUAAUGUGUUUCUGUUCUCUCGUUAUUUACUUACACGAUUUGAAAGAAGCAUAAUUAUACAAUGUUAAUAAUUUUACCAUGUCUUUUAUGAGAAAAUUUGAGUUAGAAUAAUUUGAAAAUUUCAUAUCCCUCCUGCCUUCCAAAAUCCUGUUAGUCAAGAAUUAUUAAAGACCGUCCCCAGAGUUGUCAAACAUAAGAUAUGUUGGAAUACGAAAUUUUAUUUUGUAGGAAACUGAAUUAUAUAAUCAACUUUGCAAGGUUAGAAAAAAAAACUUUAAAUUCCAAGAUGUGAAUAAAUUACCCCUUCCCCCAUUUUAUGCAAAUAUAAAGCAGAAAUUUAAGUAGUUUUUAUUGUAUGCAUUCAUUACUAAAGAUGAUUUAACAUGUAGCUAAAAGACUUGAUCGUAGUUAAAACUGUGAUUUGACUUGCUUCUUGUCAGGAAUAUUGAAAAUACUGUAUGCUUUUAAACUUACGUGCAAAAUUAAAUUGUCAGUUACUAUCAUUGAAGUUUUAAAAAAUAUUAAUUUAUCAUCAGAAACAAAUUUCAUGCUUUGUGUAAAUAUAAUCAAUGUAAAUAUUUUAAGAACCUUUUCAUUCAGAGUUAUGAUAAUGCCUGACAAGCUACUUUUUGCUUCUUUUUCAUUGAUCUGUAGGUACAUAAUGAACUUGGCAUAAGAUAUUUAUCUAAAAUAAAAUGUUCUGAGUGCACAGUUUCAAAUCCAUCAUUAAAUGGUAAGAAUAGUUAAAAUAAGUACAGUACAAGGUGCAGACAGUCGAGUAUAGGAACUCCUAAUCUUCUGGUAACAUUUCAAAAUAAAGCACUAUCAGGGACUUGUAUGGGUUGAGCAAUAAAGUUUACAUGUGGACUGUGUUAAAAAAGAAAUCUUGAUAGCACAUAUACUGGACACAAGAGCAGUGGGUAAGAAUUACACGUGGGAUUAAACUGAGUAAUUCUUAAUGAAAUUAGGUAACGUGUAAAGCGUAAAUGGUUUAAUAUAUGAAGGACGUGGUUGUAAAUGGUACUUAUGGUAAUUCAAAUACAAGUAUCACUAUUUUUGCAUAUUAUGGUUAAAAAUUAUUUGAUUUGUGAAAAUUUGGUGUUUUAUAAACAUGUGAGUAUUUAUAGCAAAUGCAGAACCAGAUUAGGUUUCUUCAAGGUUCUAGAAUUAUUACUAGUAAAAAAUAAAACUGUUAAGCUUCUUUAAGUAGAAUAAAACUGCUGUUAGUAAUCACUCGUGUUUUUACUGGUAUGGGCCAAAGGGUCUUGUAUAACAAAUUUUCUCAGAAAGAGAAUGUUUUAUGAUAUGGCAUUCUUUUGAUACAACUUACAAAAUAAUUUUUUAUUAAGUAAAUUGCUACUUUUGACAUUAUUUAGCUUGAAAAAGACAUGAAUUUAUUUUUAGUUAUGUACCUAUGAUGGUUGACAUGUUCUCUGAUGCCAAGUCAUGGAUUACAUUAAAAGCAAAACCCUGAUGUAUCAAACUGAAAUAUCAGACAAAGAAAACUAUUAUAGUAUAUAUUGUUUAUGUGUAAGAACUUUGACAUACUCAUCCUUAACAUGAAGUAUCAUUAAUCAUAAUUAAUUUUCUUUCAUUUAAGUGUACAUGUAGUUUGAACUGGUGUGUAAUAGUUUUCAGUGUGCUCACUAGAAAUCCAUGAUAUUACGGUUUAACUUAAAAAAUAUUAAAAUAACAGUAAUCUCUCAAAUGUAUGCAAAGAGAGAGAGAGAUAAUGCUGGCCUACGUUGUUUUGUCAGACAGCUUAUUGCUUUUGUCAGGAGUUGUAUUUAAUAAACAGGUGUUUGGUUAUAGGUUGCUGCAAAAUUAUUUAGGUCCUGGUCUUGUUGUACUUGGUUAAAAAAAAAAGAGGGAAAUUCAGCUUGAACUUAAAAAAUAAUUGUAUAUCAAAAUGGUAAACAAAGUACAAAAAAUGUUUAAAUGUAUUAUAUUCUUAUAUCAUAUCCAUAGAUAGUUUGGAAUUAAUAUGUUGUUGCAUUUUUAUAAUAUUAUUUUGUCCUAGUUGGAUGGAAUAAUGUAAGAAUAUCAUUAAAAAGCAGUAUGCUAUACUUGACACUAUUUUGACCUUUUAAUAGUAGUAAUAAAUGACCUUAUAACACCAAAUUUGUUACUUUUCUUUAAUUGGACACUCAGUGUUUUGCUUUUACAGCUUCUUCAGGAGCAUUCCACCAAAACACAAACUGUAACUAGCAGUACAAGUUAUCAGUUGGUUUAAUUGUACUGUAAGUUAUGAUUUGUGUAUUAGUGGAAGGCUCCUGAAAAAGCUGUAAAAGCAAAAUGGUGGAUGUCCAUUUAAAGAAAAACAGUUUGAUGUUAUAAAUUCGUUCAUUACUAAUAUUAAAAUGUCUUUUUUUUCAUACACCAAUAUGCACUACAGAAAUUAAAUAAUGACUGUUUUGACCUGUUGAGUCCUCCUAUAAGUAAAUUUUGUUACAGUAACCAGAGUGAAAGAUACUGAGAUUAUUUUAGCAAAAGAACAUUUGAAUGAGAGAGGAGGAGCAGUUUUUAUAUUGAUAGCUGACUACAGAGUUUUACAUUGUUAAGAUUUGUCAGUUAUAUCCUAUUAAAAAAAAAACACUACAAGCAAGCUAUUCAUUGCCAGUAAACCUAAUGGUAAUGCAUUACUUUGUAGUUUAUGCAAUAAGGUAAUAGUAGGUCAUGGUUUAAGGCAAUAUUAGGCUCACACUAAAGUUCUGACAUAACCUGACAGAGACCAUUGAGAUGACAUUACGACGAAUAGCUCUGUGUCAGGUCUGGAUUUAAAAGACUGAAGAUAAUGAAAGGUUUUAUUCCCAAGAUAUUAAAUACAUGACAUAAUUUAGGGUCUGUAUGUGAGAAGAUUGUGAAGUAAUAACUAUGGCAAGUGAGUAGUUUAAAGUUAAUGAUAAAAACUCAAAAUCUGUGCCAUCCCUAUGUAGACUGGCCCACUUUUUUUCUUUUUGUUUUCAGUCAAAUAUACAUUGUUUAUAUGUAACCAAUUUGCUUCCCUUGAAAAGUAUGAACAUACUAAUCUACAACUGGUUAAAAAUCCUGAAGCCAAUCCUCCUGACAAUAACCGUUUUUGUUGUUGGCAAGUUGAUAUUUUCACAUUAGACAUUCAUAAUGUCACUCUGUUACACUGUGUAACAGAAGCAAUGAGCCUGUGAGACAAGUGAAGGGAAAAAGACUACUAGUAAUGGUUUGAUUAUUGCAUGUACACAGUGAUAUAGCAAACUAAUCAUAUUGAAGAAUUACACUAUCAAAUAAUUUCUGUUUUCAUGUUUAUUAAUCAUAAAAUGAGCUAGAAAGCUGAGCCCUGAUAUGUUUGCCAUCUUUGUUUAGAGGAUAUCCAAUUUUGUGUAGUACUUUUUUUUUUUGUCUUGUCUACUUUCUUCAUACCUACAAUGCUCGGUCAAGUUUUUCUUAUGUCAUAGUUUCAUUUUAAAAAUCCAAACAUGCAAGGUGUAAGUUUUCUUUUGUCAAAUUCUGGUACUGUUUCACCAGUGAGCAUGUUAUAAAAUUUGUAAUAGAGAUGUCAAAAAAAAAAAGUUUACCAAUGAAUAAUUCUUAACAUAGUUUUAUUCCGUUUAAUUGUAGUUUUAAAAAUGUACCAAAUACUCUAGGUUUAGGCUUCUUGUAUACUAGCUUGUUGCAGUAGUUCAAAGUUUUUAGUGUGUUUUAAAUCCAUUUGUACAUUUUUUGUCAUUUCAGAA